AUGGCGCUGACGGUGUCAGUGGCCUUCCUGAGCGGAAGAGCAGUCACGGUUGCCGUGGAGCCCACUGCCACUGUGAACGAGCUGCGGAAGAAGGUUCUGGCCACAGUUCCGACCGUUGACGCAUUGGUGCUGGCGCUCAAUAGCCAGCUCCUCCAACCCGGGAGCACUGUCUUAGGCGCCGGCAUCCAAAAUGGACAGACGUUGACCGCUAUCUCCGUUCCUGACUGGAAAGAUCGAGUGUCAAGUCAUGCUCUCGGCUCUGCGUUCGCAGCCAUGAAAUCAGAUGCUUCAGUGGUGACGUGGGGCGAGGGCGACUGCGGCGGCGACAGCAGCUGCGAAGCGUCAAGGCUAUUCUCCGUGCGCCGCCUCUUUGCAUGGACCGACGGGUUUGCCGCUCUACGGGAAGAUGGUCGAGUCGUAGUCUGGGGCAAGCCCAGCAGACAUUUAACGCAAGACGCGGCAAACCGCCUGCACAACAUUGUGCAGGUUGAGGAGACUUGCUGGCAGUAUGCCGCACUGCGAGCAGACGGCAUCGUCAUCAUCUGGGGGCGGGCUGCAAAAAGAUCCCUGCGACACCAGCGGGAACCUGCCAUGCGAGAUCUUACAAAUGUGGUCCAGCUUUAUUCUACGUUUGGUGCAUUCGCAGCCUUGCGGGCCAACGGCACCAUUAUCACAUGGGGCGAUGUGCGGUGGGGCAGCGAUACCACGGAGGUGCUGGCUGAGUUGGCCGACAUUUGUGAUGUCACGCCAAGCAUGGCCGGCUUUGUGGCCCGCCGCCUGGAUGGGCGUCUCGUCAUGUGGGGCGUCAAGGUCCUGGGUGGCGAGUUGGCGCCAGAAGACAGACAAGUUCGUGCGACAAGCGUUGCUACGGUCUUCGGUGCAAGUGCAGCAAUCUUGGCUGAUGGUAGCGUGAUGGCCUGGGGCGUGCCAGAGAAAGGUGGAGACAUCUCCGCUGUGAAGGACCGGCUACACCAGGUUGUUCAGAUCGUGGUAUCUGGCGCGGCGUUUGCAGCUCUGACCGCCUCUGGAUGUGUUAUCACCUGGGGAGAUCCGCUCGCAGGAGGCGACAGCUCCUCUGUAGCAGACCGCCUGAACUGCGUCCGUGAGGUCGUGGCUACAGACAAAGCCAUGGCAGCCAUUCGAACAGAUGGCACCGUGGUGACUUGGGGAGAUCCGACCCACGGUGGCGACAGCUUUUCCGUGGGAGGUUUUUUGCAGGAGGCCGCGGAAGAGCAGCUCGAGACCCUGACGCCGACAAGCUACGAAACAUGGGCUGCGGGCAACUCGGCACUACCUCGGCAACUAGGAACUUUCCGCCGAAGCGUCCUCAGCGGUGAAGGCCAAUCCAUCUCCGCUCCCGCACUCAAUCCGGACCUGGGACAGGCAGCGCAUUCCGAGGAUGCCGUGCUCUUAGCUAGAGGCCAACAGAUCGUCAUUUCAGCUGGACAUGAUCAAGGCAAAUGCUUUCUGUUGACAGCUAUGUUGCAGAAAGGAAGCAGCAUUGGUUCAGCCAGCAAGGGCGGCGAGGGCAACGGCUCUUCAGGCCCACGCAAGAGCUCCGGAACCACCAACGUGUCCAUGACGCAUGUCAUGAAGUUCCUAGCCGGUGAUGCUCUGGCUUCAGCCAUCAUCGGCAAGGGUGGCGCCGUGAUCACGCAAAUUCGCACGAAUUGCAAUGCGAAGCUGGCACUGACGGACAAGGGACAGGUCUUUCCAAGUACCGACUGCCGCGUUCUCACCGCGCAGGCCAACUCGGAGGAGGAGUUGAACGAGGUGGCGAGGCAGAUCAUCGAAAAGCUAAGUGAGCUUGUGAAGACCAGUGGCGCCUCGGAGGCGUGUGGCUCCGAUGGGGAGCUGAAGAUGAGGACCCUGGUACCCAAAGCGGCCGUCGGUGGCAUCAUCGGCAAGGGCGGGGCGGCCAUCAAGCAGAUGCGCGAGACCAGCGGCGCGAAGAUCAGCAUUGGAGAAGCCGUGGGCGGCACCGGGCCCGGAGCCGAGCAGAUGGUCACCGUCGCGGGCCCCGAGGAGGCACUGCAAACGGUCAUCGCCGAAGUGAACCGACAGAUCCAGCUGCUCAGCUCGGAAGCAUGGUACAGCACGUGGGCUGCUUCAACAGGAUGCAUCACACAGGCCAUGGCCGGUCUGGCGUCGUCGCUGCAGCUACAGCCUUCACUCCUUGGCUUGGGAGGCCAGGCCUUAGCGAACCCGGGAAUCGCCACGAUGAUGCAGGUUGCACAGAGCAUGCCUCCGUACGUGAUGGAGGACUCCCGAGGCUUCGCGUUGAGCUGCGUGGUGCCAAACCGCCUAGUUGGUGGGCUGAUUGGGCGCGGGGGCUCCGGGACCAAAGAGGUGCAGAUGCUGACCGGUACCAAGAUUGGAAUCCGAGAAAUCCCGGACGACCCGGACAAUCGCUCGCUCAAUAUAGCUGGCCCCUUGGCCAAUACGUGCGCGGCCUACAUGCUGAUGAUGAAGCGCUACCUGGACUCGGAGGCACAAAGCAGUGCGGCCAACACCACUGCUACAAAGGGCAGCUCGAGGUGA